GAUCGAACCAUAACAGAGUGGCAUGGAAGGAGGAAUCGGAGGGAAUAUCUUAGAUCCAGGUGCGCUGGAGUUCUACCCUUCAAACCAGUUCGGCUCAGUACCCGCUCAAAUUUACUUCCCCUACCCUCCUCCUCCCCCUCCUCCGACCGCCGCCUACCAUCCAAACCUGCAGCUUCACCAUACUUUACCAGACGACGGCGACCCAUCCCGAGCUGUCAUUCUAACCCUUCUUCCCCCCCACACCGACGAAGCUUCGGUGAUGUCUUCCAUGGAAUCCUUUGGCCCCGUGAGAUCACUAGAUUCCGCGUCUAUAACCUCCGAUGGAUCCGCCACCGUCCACUUCUACGACCUCCGCAGCUCCAUCGCCGCCGUCUUCGAGAUCCGCGACCAGCACAUGCGUCAGCAAAGUCUUCUUAGUCGACAAUACGGCGUUGUUCCUGCUAAUUGGGGAGUUCUUGAGUGGCCAUCUGUCUCUGCAGCUGAUCUAGCACCCUUCGCAGGCCGCGGCCUCGUCGCAGGACAAGCCGUGUGGGCUCAGUUCGGAUCGAGAGGCGUCGACGGGCCUAAUCAAGGCUCUAUCUUUAUCUCCAAUUGCGAUCCCUCUCUCCCCUCCGCCUACCUCGCCCAACUCUUCGGCUCUCUUGGCGAUGUGAAGGAAGUUAAGGAGACGAUAUGGAAGCCGCAUCAACGGUUCAUCGAGUUCUACGAUAUAAGAGACGCAGCUCGAGCUGUGACUGAGUUUAACGGUAAGGAAGUUUAUGGACGAAGACUGGUUGUCGAAUUCAGCUCUACAGCUGGGCUCAGUAAAAGAAGAAGCGCAGGCAGACAUAACCGUGGCGGAUUCAGCCACCGCCACCCGCCGCCGCGGCUUGUACGUACAGCUUCGCCGCAUACCGGCCGGUGGGUGGCGGCUGCGGCGCAAUCUUCUUCCUCGGACCAAGGAGGCAACAGGAAAAUUGGGAAGAGUGGGAGAGAGGAUAAGAAGGGAAAGGGAAGGCACGAAGAGACAGCUUCAGUGCAAAUAGGUGGAGCGGCGUCGUCUUCGUCAUCUUCAUCAUCGUCGGUAGUAGCAAAGCAGCAGCAUUUGAGCAGAAGAGGAUGGAAGAAUCAUUCAAGGAAUGGCGGGGAUUCAAGGUUUCAAUUCAAGGAGGCCGUGGCGAUGGAGGAAGGAUCUUCAUCAACUGCUACAAUGGAUUCAAGAACAACAGUGAUGAUUAAAAACAUACCUAACAAGUACAGUCAGAUGCUGCUGCUGAGAAUGCUGGACAACCACUGCAUUAGGUGUAACGAGGAGAUUGGAGAAAGAGAAGAGGAGGCGUUUUCAUCAUACGACUUCGUCUAUCUCCCAAUCGAUUUCAACAACAAAUGCAAUGUGGGUUAUGGGUUUGUGAACUUGACGUCGCCGGAGGCUGCCGUAAGGCUACACAAAGCGUUUCAUGAGCAGCCAUGGGAGGUCUUCAAUUCCCGGAAGAUUUGUCAAGUUAACUAUGCUCGAUUGCAGGGUUUAGAAGCAUUAAAGGAGCAUUUUAAGAACUCGAAAUUUGCUUGUGAUACGGACGAGUAUAUGCCGGUGGUGUUCUGCCCACCGCGAGAUGGGAAGCAGUUGACAGAACCGAUGCCGGUGGGUGGUCGGGGAUUGAUCCGGCGGACGGGUAAUCUAAACCGUUCAGCUGGCGGCGUUGGGGAGACGGAGGAACCGGAGCCGUUGGAUGCUGCAGAAGCUUCUUCGACGACGGCCUCAACUCACGCGCCGUCAGAUAACGGCGACGGAGCUGAUGACGAUGGCGAUGAUGAGGAAGGAGACGGCGGCGGCGACGAGACUGCUUCUCGUCUUUCCCAGGCUUUGCUACAGCUAUCCUAUUCUUCUUAA